UUUAUCAGAUUCAACUCCAGCAUGCAGAGAUUUUUCACGGGUGCAAAGUCGAAGAAGAACGUGGCCAACGGUAACGCUGCGGCCAGCAGCGAGAUGGAGGACGGUAAUACUAGUUAUGACUAUGUUGUGGAUGACGACCCGUCAUUGCCAUUACUCUCACCAGUCAAGCCCACCAAGGAAUACAGCCGUGGAUCGGUGGUCAUGGUGGACGAGAUCAUGCACGACAGCCCUUCAAAGUUCAGGUUUCCAGAAGCGGGCCUCCGUGUCAUGGUCACCAGCCAUUUUGGACCCAAAACCCGUCUGCGCAUGGCCAGCCGCCUCAUCAUUACAGAGGUACAGAUGAACGUUGUUGCUCCAAUAAGAUUUGCUACUGAUAUGUUAAUUUAUUUUAACUCAAGUUAAGCCCCAUGCCCCAUGCCAGCUAUUAAACAAUAUUAUUAUUUUUAGCUAAACGAAACACAAGGGUAAUAACAAAGGCUCUGAAUUAGCCCUG